CCCUCACUUUUCUCAUGUUCCUUGUCUUCCUCCUUUGCUUUUUCCUCCUCCAAAAAUAAAAUAAAAUAAUAAUAAAAAUCAUUCUCUUCUCAUUUUUUUCCCCUAUAUAUAUAUAUAUAUAUAUAUUCAAUUUCUUGAUUUGGGGUUGUGUCCAAGAAUGUUUCUUUUUUGGUACCUAAGUGGAAAUUAAUUUAAUGGUAGAAAUGAUGAAUCAUCAAGAAUGGAAUAGUAGUAGUCGUAGUAGUGCUCCUGUUGAUGUGUCUUCAUUUUUGCUCUUUGAAUCUACUGGGGAUUCUGAAUUUGAUUCUAAUAUUUGUAGGACAAGUGAUGAUCCAAUGGAUUCAUUGAUCACUUUAAAUCAUUCUCAUCAACGUUUUCUUGAAGAUGAUGAUGCACAAUCAUGUAGCUACGAUGAAUGUGGUCGUGUUGUUGAUGGUGACGAAGAUAUGGAAUUUGAUUUCAAGAUAGAUCAAAACAAAGAUGAUGAUGAUGAUGAUGAUGAUAAUGAUGGUGAUGUGGACACUUAUUCGAGUUGUUAUCGUGGUUUUAAUAGUAAAAAUGUUGGUUGGAAAAAUGAUAUGAAGGACGAGGAUGAGGACGAGGACGAAGAUGAAAGGGGAGUAGUUGAACAAGGUUGGAUGAAUGGUGUUAAUAGAUGUAAUAAGAAAUUGAAAAGUACAAAUAAUGUUAGUAAUAGUGUUGUUGAUUGUGAAUUGAAGACCCAAAAAGACAAGGAUAAACUUUUUUGGGAGACUUGUUUGGCUUCUUAAUUAAGUGUAUGACAUUAUGUAAAGAUGGAAAACGAUACAAGAUAAAAUGGGGUACAUGUGCACCCACUGCUUAUAUACUGGAUCUUUCUUUCUGGAAAAAAAAUCAUGGGGAGAAAAUUAUGAAAUGGAAAAUCAUAGCAACAACUUAAAGGUGGUUGAAUCUAAAGCGUACCAUGUUAGCAUAUGCAAAGAUAAUACUAUUUGCAAAUAAAAAACAAUUCACAUGUUUCAUGAUUAAGAGCAAAAUGGAAAUGGAGCACAAAUGAAUUUUGCUUCCAUCAAAUUCCCACUAGAUCAUUCACCUUACACUAUUUUAGGCCUCUAGGUGGCUAUUAGUUAGUUGGCCAAUUAGUUAGUUGGCCAUAACAACAUCAUAUCAGUGUAAUCCCACAAUGGGGUUGGGAGGAUAGUGUGUACGUAGACCUUUACAAGGUAGAGUGUUUGUUUC